ACCAGACGGGCUUUGCUGUGCAGUCUAGUCCAGAGCUGUGUGCACAAAUACCUGCCAGCUAAAGCGAGACACAGUUUUAAAGUAAGCUAACCUCGUAUAAUUAUACUCAACAUGAAGUUUUGUUUGAGGAUUGGUUUACUUCUGUUUCUUGUUACUGGAACAUUAACACAGAACGGAUUUGACCUCUCCGAUGCUUUCGAUGAUCUAGAUCCGACACCUGCAAAGCCCAAAGAGCAGCCGAAGGCGCCAGAGAAGCCCAAACAUGACGGUGGACUCGACCUUUCUGAUGCAUUUGCACCAGAUGAGCCCACUAAGGAACCCAAGAAACCAAGUUCUAGAGAUUCUGGUGGCUUUGAUCUGGAGGAUGCUUUCGGCCCAGACCUAAACCCCAAAACUGACAAACCUGCUGUUAAACCACCGAACAGCGGAGGAGGUGGAGGAACUUUUGAUGACUCGGACUUAUUUGAUGCUGGUGCUGACGGCUACAAGCCUGACGCAGGCCGCCCAGGAGGAGGCGGUGGGGCCGACCCUGACUACAAUCCUAACGGUGGUGCUGAUCAGCCUCAAGAUCCAGACCUUCUGUGGGGCCAAAUCCUGAAGAUGCUAAAUGCUAACAUGCCAGAGGAAUUCUAUAUGUGGAUGUCCAACUUAAAGCAGAUCGUGACCCCUCUGUUAGAGCGGGCCAUGGCUCUGCUGCAAGCUGUGCCCUGAACCAUUUCAGAUCGUACGGGCUCUCAGGUGUACAUUGACUGACGGACUUGGUCUAGAAAAAGAAAUAUAGUCGAGUGUUUAAACAGAUGAAGCUAAGAGUGACGUGAUCUCUGGGAUACUUUUUUUCUCUUUUUUUUAAUACUUUCUCACAUUUGUUUUGGGGGGGAUUCUGUGCGCUCUGCAAUGCUGCCCCCACUUCCUGUGCCCUUUGACCUCUGGCGUGUUACGGACACUCACAGCUGCAGGUCUGAGCUAGAAAAUCUGUGUUUGGUGAACCGCCGCUCUAAGACUAAAAGUGCUUUUGUGUGUGAGGUUAAAACUAGCAGCGCGGCAAGAAAUAAUAAAGCGUUGACUUUGUCCUUGUUAUUCCAGAUUUACCAGACACCCUGCUGUAUUUGGGCAUGUACAUACAUUCAGAUUUUCUCUCACUCCACCCAGCAGUGCCAUGACUCAUUCUGUUGUUAGUUUACAGCAGUGAGAACUCUAUGAUAUGUGACUACACCAGACAUUUAUACAUGGAGCCGGUACUUUUUCUGAAAAUGGAAUAUAUUUGUUAUGUUGGUUGUUGUCCUGGUGUUUUAUUUAGCACUUAAUAAUCCCAUAUGACUCUGACUCUGUUACUGGAUUAUUAGAUGUUCUGUUUUGAAGGAGUUCUGAAAAUAACGUAUGUUUUUAUAGAAGCAAAGUGUGUCAGAGCAGCAGUCUGCACACAUUCUUUACACAGCCAGCACUGUAAGCACUCUGCUGACAGAUCUUCUCUUCUAGUCCUCUCUUUGUCUUUGGAUAAAUGUUGAAAUAUUAGAUCAGAUGAUGGGUUUUCCCUGCAGCACUUUUCAGCUCAUGAGUAGCUCUCUGUGUACUCUUCGGUUACGGUCAACAUAUUUAUUUUUGGUGGGUUCUUUGUAGUUGAAGCUUUUCUUACUUCUGCCCCGAGUCCUUAUGGAAUCUACAACGUUGCUGCAGUGAAUGCGAUGUUAGGUAGAGAUGUACGAUGCAUAAUGAAUAAAACAAACGUGGAAUCAGAGUUUGUGUGUCUGAUUUAUGAUCCAUGGAAGGCUGGAGAACCAGACCCUCAUGUCGUCUGUCAGGCAGUUACUAACUGAUUGCAUUUUGUUUGGCAUAAUGCAUCACUAAGCACAUUUUAAAACUAUUCUGUCAACCGCUGACCAUAAACUGUAGAAUGAUGAUAAAUAUGAGGAUGUUUUUAUGUCAUGCAAUAACAAUCUUCUUUUAAAACCCCACUUUGUUCUGCUGCUCUGUCCCGCUUCACCUCAAAUGACCCGUCGCAGGAUUCUUAUUAGUCAUUAAUGUUUGGUGUUUUUAAAACUUCUACAUAAAAAAACAGUCCCAGAACACAUAAAGCGCAACCCUCUAACCCCUAACUAAUGAAAACAAUAUGUUUGAUCAUAUUAUGAGCUCAAACAGAGAGUGUGUGUGCGUGUGUGUGAUCACAUAAUUACAGCAAACGUGGGCAGUUUAAGACUGAUCCCCUUGUGGGAUCAUGAUUGACACAGAAGCAGACACUUCAGGUGUCUUGCAUGUGUGUGGGGAAGAAGAGCGCUGACUCCAUGUCGGCAUCCUGUGAUUCUUUUAUCUGCUUUUAUGUCGAGGCAACGCCCUAUUUUUACACACUGCACAAUCACAAGACACACCUCUCCCUCAUGACUCACUGGGGUGUUAGCCAGCAGAAGAGACAGGCUUAUUAUAUAUGCAGCCAGUGUGUGUGUGUUUCACUGUGUGUGUGUGUGUGUGUGUGUGUGUGUGUGUGUGUGUGUGUGUGUGUGCCCCACCCUGCCUUGGAGCCUGGGUGUGUUCACUUUUAAUCCAGCUCUCUCUCCCUUUUUAGAAACCAUGUAGAUUUGACCACUUUCUUUUAAUUCUCUGUUUGACAUUCAAUGUCUUUGUGUUGCUUUUGUGUUACUACAUUUUAACUUGAGUCUCUCUGUACAGUGUGUUCUGGGAACAUUUUGUCAGAGCAGGUUUAUCCAGAGUUAUUGAACGCCCCCUUGUGGAAGACUGAGGUUAUGACAGGUCACAGUUUAGUAACGAUGACCCUACUGUAAGAGUUACACUUAAGACUGAUAUUAAGAUCAUCUUUAGGAGUGAUCACAUGAUUAAUCACAUGUGUGCACAAGGAUUUAACAAACGGUUUGCAUUUUUUUGAAGAAGAAUUCUUAAAAAAACUUUUUAUUUAUGAUCAUUUCUGAAAACAAAAGAAAAUAUAUUUGAAAGUAAAUGUUUUCUGAAUUAUUUUACAUCUCAGUAGAAAUGAACUUGUAAUAGGUUUACACUAUAAAUGUAUAUGAAUACAUAUAAAAUUGUUGAAAAAUUGCUGAAAUUGUAACAAAAAUAACUUUAGUAAGGAUGAUAUUGUAGCUGGUUGAGGAGGUACGUCAGAGAAAUAAUAAAGAUACUGUUCCUGUGUGUGUGUGUGUGUGUGUGUGUGUGUG